UUUUUUAAAACAAUCUAUUAUUUUACAGUUAUGCAUAAUAUUUAGACCUAAAUAAAAUUUGGCUUUUCCAUUUUUACCAGUAACAUUUAAUUAUGGCAUCCGAAGAAGAUAUCAUGCGAAAUUUGAUGGGGUUUAGUGGAUUUGGUGCAAAAAAACCACCAAAAGAAGAAAUUUUAAACCAAAAGUUGAAUGAAGCAAAACGACUUGUUAAAUCAGAUUGCCCAUCUUUUGAUAAUGAUGAAGAUGUUGCGAUUGGGCCCUCUCCAACUUUAGCAAUUGUCAAUGAUUUAAAAAAUGAAGUAGAAAAAAACGUUAAAGAAACAGUAAAAGAUGAUGAUUCUGACAGCGAUGAUUCGGAAGAAGAUGACUUUGAGUUGACUCCAGUACAAAAAAUACCAAUGUCUCAUGAAAUCACUCUGUUGCACGGUCAAAAAGUAGUUUCAGCAAUGGCUCUUGACCCAUCAGGCUCUCGACUUGCUACUGGCAGCUAUGAUUAUGAAGUAAAGUUUUGGGAUUUUAAUAGCAUGGAUGUUAGUUUACGACCUUUUCGAACACUAACGCCGGCAGAUGGUCAUUGGGUAAAUGCGUUACAAUAUAGCGCAACAGGUGAUAGGAUAUUGGUUUCGACCGGAAACGCACAACCUCAAGUUUUAGAUCGUGAUGGACAUCAAGUAUACGAAUGCAAAAAAGGAGAUCAGUAUAUUGUCGAUAUGAAAAAUACUAAAGGUCAUGUGUCUAUGGUUCGUAACUCUUGCUGGGAUCCAAGAGACAAAAACCAUUUUAUUUCAUGCGGGGACGACGGAACUAUUCGUUUAUGGGAUAUUAACACGGUAAAAAAGAACACAGAUGUGAUCAGAAUGAAAAAUAAACAGAGUAAAAAAACUGGUGUGACUUUUUGUUUGUUUAAUCGAGAUGGAAAACUAAUUGUUGGAUCAGGUCAAGAUGGUUCGAUUCAAGGAUGGGAUACUAGACGACUGUUUGUUAAUACAUCUUUAAGUAAUAUGCAAGCUCAUACUAACGGAAGUGAAACUUCUUGCUUAUGUCUAUCUUCUGACGAAAAGUCCCUUAUAUCGCGCGGAGGUGACGAUACUUUAAAAUAUUGGGAUUUAAGAAACUUUCAAAAACCAGUCGCUGUAGCAAAAGAUUUAGUCAGCUAUUAUACGACCACAAAAUGUCUCUUUAGUCCUGAUGAGAAAUUAAUUGUAACCGGAACUUCUGCAAAAAAAGGGGGAGGAAAUGGGAAAUUAGUGUUUUUAGAACGAGAUACACUUAAUAUUGCCCAUGAAUUAGAUUUCGGGAACGCAUCUGUAGUUUGUACAUUGUGGCAUGUAAAAUUGAAUCAAAUAUUAGUGGGUUUAUCUGACGGUAACGUUAAAGUUCUAUUUGAUCCUACUAGAAGUAUCAAAGGAGCAACGCUUUGUGUUGGCAAAGUAAAAAACAAGCGUAUUGAUCCAGGUGAGGGCUUGGUGAAACCUCAAAUCAUUAAUCCUAUUACCCUAAAACUAUAUCGUGAGAAAAAAGCAGAAACUAUGAAAAAAAUAAAAGCAAAACAACGUGCGGAUCCGAUUGCGUCUCACAAGCCAGAAGCACCAUUAGGCCUGUCACAUGGUGUUGGCGGUCGUAUGAAAGAAGGAAUGAGUUUAACCGGGUUUGUUAUUAAAAACAUAGCUCUUGCAAAAGCUGAUACUGCUAACCCAAGGGAAGCAAUCUUAAAGCAUGCAAAAGCUGCUGCUGAAGACCCUUUCUGGAUUGCGCCAGCCUAUUCUAAAACACAGCCUAACCCUAUUUUUACAACAAAAAGUGAUUCGGAUAGUGAAGAAGAUGAUAACGAGCUUGUGACAGUAAAAAGACAGAAAGUUGAUUAGUUUUGUCAAUACGUCUAUUUAAUAUAUGAUUUUAAUUUCAUUACUUUAUAAGCAAAUAAAAUGUUUUGUGGCUAAAUUCUUUUUGAGAAAUGAACAAUUUAACUUUUUCAAUGCAUUGUCAUAUCAAAUUUUCUGCAAUCAAUUUUCUAUUGAUAGAUUUUUGAUCAUUUUCCUUGUAAAACUGUUUUGAGAACGAUAAGAAACACGAAAGUAGUGAUUCAACUCAUUAAUAUCGACUGAAAAUGGAGUCUCAAAAAGAUAUCUUUCAAAUUCGUAUGAACCACUGAACCAUUUAUGGUUUAUAACGUCAUCAAUUGUUGCUCUUUUUUCAUUGUCGACGUUUAACAUCCAGUGAAGAAGAUGAAGUAAAUCUACAAAAUGAAACAGCAUUUCAAUUUAAGCCGUCAGUAUAGUGCGUACGCAAGUUAGAAUUUCUACCCUCCUUUUUUUAUAUAUAUUUUUUGAGACCCUUAUCCCCACUAUCACUUAUCACCCGCCUGCAUAUUUACCCCUUUUUUUUACAGUUUAUAUUAAAAAAAAUCUGGAUGGACCUGAGAACGAUAAAAAUAGUAAUUCGACUAAUCGAGUAUUCGAAAUUCGACGAAAAAAUUGCGCGCAAUUUAAUUUUAUACCAACUAUUGUCAAUACUGCUAUAAGCGCCACGGAGUGUCUAACAACUUUUAGCGUCGUACUUUCUGAUAUCAAUAUCUAACAGGUGCUGUUUAAGAUGAUAAGUCAAAACUCGUGCAGUCAGAAUGUACUCAUUUUCAGUUUUUUUGUAGUUUUAUUAUUCUAUGCUUAAGGUAAAAAAAAACUU